AAAAUUAACGGUCGCCGUGGUGUUUCCUUCACGCGCCUUACAUGCUAGUAAUGUGUUAGCUCGCUGGGCCGAGCGGAUACGCGGUGUAUCGGUGUAAACUGGGUGAUGUGCGGGAGUUUCCGCGGUAUUUAGUGGGGUUCGGUGGCUUCUGGCUGAGGAACAUGUCCGUCUUGGGGAGUUUGUUGAAUACGGGAGUGUCACUGUGGAGAAGCUCACUGCAGCUCUGUACCACACACCUCCACACAGGAGCGUGUUUGCGUGUGCGGAUGCACGCCAUCCCGCCCCUGAAGCAGGUGGACCGGUGGACGGAGAAGAGGAGCAUGUACGGUGUCUACGAUAACAUCGGCAUUCUGGGCGAUUUUAAAGCCCACCCUAAAGAGCUGAUCAGAGGGCCGGUGUGGGUGCGCGGUUUCCGUGGUAACGAGUACCAGCGGCUGGCGCGCAAGAAGAAGAUGGUGGGAGAUCGCAUGAUGACGGAGGACAAACUGGUGCUGGAGAAGAGACUGCGCUUCCUUUAUCGCCGCUUCAACCGCUACGGCAAACACAGAUAGUCCUGCUCUCUCUUUGCGCGCGCGCGUGUGUGUGUGUGUGUGUGUGUGUUUUCAAUUAAAUAAAGUAAAAAUGUAAAACUAUCACAUUCUUCCCUGUUUCUGAAUUGUUUACCAGGAGUUAACCGUGCAGAUUCAUACUGUAAUAAGAAACUUUCAGAAUAUUAACAUUACAUCGGUUUAUUUAAAAAUUAAAAAAAAUUAAAAUGAGGUUCCGUGUGAAAAUGAUUCACUGUAAUACAGUCAUAAUGAGCGGCAUGUUCACUGUU